UCGCUGUGUGGUAAUACUGUGCGUCGAUCACUAUUUGCUCGGAACACUUUGUCUUUGCCACAUUGUUUGGUGCCUGUUAACGUAUUUCGUGUGGCUCGUUAGUACUAGAGACAUAUACCGAUAAGACAUGGAAUAACAAUAAGUGUUGGCGACAGAAUAAUAGAAGUUCUAUGUGUGUGUUUUUUUUUUAAUUUUAGCGAUUUUCAUUUUUCAGAACGUUUGUUUUUGUACAUGACACACUAUUAUGCAAUUAAGUGUUUUAACUGAGGAAAUAGAAUGUCGGUAUAAGCAUUCUAAAUUUACUUAUAUGAUUUCCAGACGUAUAUGUGUGCUAAGCUGAGAGACGACUGGAAAUACGUGUUUUGUUUGAACUUUGAACUUCAACUUGUUAAUGUAAAUGUUGAAAAAGAAACGGAUUUUGAAGAGAUGAUUUCAGGUCAACAACUGGUAUGGUGAUAAAAGACAAUUCUCCCAAUGACGUACACAUGCACACAUAAUGAGCAACAUGAAUGCCAGAUUUCGAUAGCGGGCCCACUCUGUCGCGUUGUAUAAUAUAUUCAUUUACUGUUCGGAAUAUUACACCAUUGAAUCUAUAGAGCAGCAGACAUGAGCGUAUUUCGAACUGGAAUUUGAUAGUGUGUCUUCCACAAUUGCUUUGCACCAACCAAUGAGACGCCAUGGAUACGACGACGGCUCUCAAUGACUCCAAAAACGGAAGUCACUGGAAGUCACUGGAACACUGCAUCAGCGUUUCUGUGGUCCUUGGAUUAAUGAUCCUGUUUACAAUUAUCGGGAACGUGUUUGUUAUCGCCGCUAUCAUUCUGGAGAAGAAUUUACACAACGUCGCCAACUACUUAAUCCUGUCCUUGGCAGUAGCCGACCUCAUGGUAGCGUCCAUAGUCAUGCCGAUCAGCGCGGUCAAUGAGGUGAGCGAGGUGUGGUUCCUCCGAUCGGAGGUUUGCGACAUGUGGACAUCAAUGGACGUGCUGUGUUGCACUGCGUCCAUCCUUCACCUCGUCGCCAUCUCCAUCGACCGCUACUGGGCCGUCACCAACAUUGACUAUAUGCGCAACAGAACGGCCAAGAGGAUCCUGAUCAUGAUUGCAAUCGUGUGGCUUGUAGCUAUGCUAAUAACCGUACCUCCGCUAUUCGGCUGGCAGGAUGACAACGACCCAACGGUGACGGGUGUUUGUACAAUUAGUCAGGACCGCGGCUACCAGAUCUUCUCAACACUAUGCGCGUUUUAUAUACCAACAAUUAUAAUGCUAAUCAUAUACGCUAAAAUAUUCCUGGUCGCCAGGCAACGGAUAAGAAAGAAGCGUUUUGCACAGGCGUUGAAGCAAAAACAUUCAAAGUGUCCAAAGCCGACCGCGUUGCAAGGCACCGAAAUGACGAUGCUUACUGUUCCGAGAGGAUCCCCAGUGUCUCGGUCGGAGGUUUCCGAGGCCCCCUGUAACGGGAGCUCCGGGAGCGUCGGUGAUCGUGAUGACAAUGAGAAUCGGUAUAAGACAAACGGACAUGUGGAGGACGAUCCGCGCUCUUGCAUGAUUCCAAAAACAAACGAUGACGUUUUGAGAGCUCAGAAACAUAAGGAAAAGAUUGAGAUGAAGAGAGAGCGAAAGGCGGCUCGAACACUGGCUAUUAUUACAGGAGUUUACAUUGUGUGCUGGUUACCAUUUUUCAUAAUCGCCAUGCUAGCGCCGUUCAUUAGUGAUAGUGUAAAAAUACCGGAGGUCGUCUUUAGCAUAGUUCUGUGGUUAGGAUACGUGAACAGCCUUUUAAAUCCAGUUAUUUAUACCGUGUUUAGUCCAGAAUUUAGAGCCGCUUUUCAGAAGAUAAUUUUUGGAAAAUAUUCGAGGAAAUAUAGAAGUCGGACUCAGAGGUGAAUCUUUACGCAUUUUCUGACAAGCCUUAAAGUGUGUUUAUAUUGAUAUAUAUUAGAAAUAAGUAUGUUUUUAAGUAAUGGUAAUUAACAAAUGUUAUGUCGCUUGCUUGAAGUAUUAUUUUCAUAUUGCAUUAACGCUUCGUUACUGAUGUUAAUUGCUUUUCUUUGUUUCUAGGUGUUAAAUACAUGAAAAACUAUAACACAUUAAAUAUGCAUAUUAAACGUUGUACUCUCGCCGAAAAUGAUGAUGAGUGCCAACUGUUAUAUGUUCUCACAUAAAAAACAGCGUUUUUGAAACUGAAUACAAUUCAUACAUAAACUGAAUAUUUCAAAAUACAAGCUCGUACAUACUUUGGAUGGAUUCUUUUUUUGUUUAAUAUACAAGUCAUGACAAUUAUCAAUAAUGAUAAAUAUGGCGAUUUUUUCGCCAUAAAUUGGCUGCUGGUGUAAUGUUUUGCUUAUUCUAAAUUGAAAAGCACUACGUUUCUAAUGGUAUUUGCGACUUCUGCUAUCUCUAUUAUGGAGAUCAUCAUAAUGUAUUACAUUGUGAGUAGUUUAAUUGUAUUGAAAAUAAUAUACAUAACAUAUUACACGUAAAAAUUAUAUAAUUUUUAGUGCAAGUAUAUUAGUUAAUGUAUAUUUUCAAUAUAUUUUUUUCAAUAAAGGGACCUAAAUCACUCUAAUAUUGUAAUAUUGUACCUAUGCAAGAAAACUCGAAAUUGAUGGUCAAGUUUAUUGAAUGCAUUACAUUAAACACUGUUUCACUAAUGAAUGUUAAUGCUUUUGUUUAAUAUGUUAUGCAUAAGAUACACGCGUAAAUGAGAGUGAAUAUAUUAUAUUUAUGCAAAUGCUUUAUUAUUACAGAAUAAUAUUAUAACAUGAGAGGGUGUAUCCUGUCUGAAGAAAGCGCAUUGGUUGUGCUUUCACAGAUCCACGCGACAAAAUGCAUAGAUCAAAAAAUAUAUUAUUAAUAGAUAUAACUACCAAAUCAAUAUAGACACAUGGUUAAUUUACGACAAUAAGACACAAAACAUAUGAAACUUGGAAAUAUACUACAUAUAGUAUAAAAGUUUGCAUUUAAUAAAAUGAUAAUGUGUCUGCACAAUGUUUUUUUACUCCAAAACAUAGAUGAUACAUAUGACGGAAUUAUGCACAGCUGAAUUAGAUGUCAGUAUGCAUUUAGGGUUAAUACUUAAUCGCAAUAUGAUGGCACUAUGAAUUUUACUGAGGAUAUUAAUCCGUAAAUUAUUUAAAAAUAAUGUGUUCCAUUCAGUAUCAUUGAGUUUUAAAAUAAUACACUAUACAUCCGUUAUUUGCAGAAAGUACACCAGUUUAUGCUUUCGAAGCAAGGUAUUUCGUGCUAAGGUAGAUGUUCGGGUCAGACUUUUAAAAUGUUGAAAUGAAGAUGAACAUAUUUUUUAAGAAGUAAUGUUUACGGAAAUGUUUGACACGUCUGUGCGUAAUUGCCAGAUAAUGUAUAAUAAAGAAUAAACUGCAUAACCGAAUGUUUGACAUCAACGUUUAUAUAACUAUUUUUGUUGUUGUUGUUUUAAGUUGCAACAAACAUAUUAUAUACAUUUAUUUACUUUUUAGCUAUGACAUAUUCUAAAAUCACAAGAUUUUGUGUAAUUGCGCCAUUCAAUUAAGACGUUCGCCGCCCCCGUUCGUGUGUACAAAUAAAUGUUCUUUUGUCUUUCAGAUCACACCGUUAUGCCGCAAGCCCUGUGUCGUGAUAUUCAUGUGUAUGUUUUAUGUCAAGACGUCUCAAUGGCAACUAUUAUAAUAAUGCUUUUUCAAUACAAUCUCACUCGUGUUUCUUUCAGAAUGUGUACAUAAUUGUCUUCUACCGUGUUAUUAUAUAUUAGGUAAUUAAGUGUUAAGGUAUCCGAUCAAUAUGUAAGAAUCAGUUUCGGUCACGGGAAAAGGUAGAGCAAUAAUUACUUUUUUCGUUGUGAUGCUUCAAGUAUGUUAAAAUCUUGAAAAACAAAUAACGUCUAGUAUCAUAGAUCGGAUAUCUUUCAACAGCUAGCAGACAUUUCGCGAUUGGUGUGUUGGAAAUAUUGGUUUGAAUGUGCUAAUGAAUCUUUGACUUGAGUUGGUUUAAGUGUAAAUAUGAAACCAAAAAGUCAGUAUUUUGUUUUAUCAUUCACAUUCAUGUUUGUGAAUUUAACGUUUAACGUUAUCGCUGUGAAUCAUGUUUUUGAUUUGUGUUGUGUCAUUCCUACUAUAUAUAUUACUUUUAAUAAAAACAUUAAGUAUUUCACUAACGUCUGGUGUAUUAUUUAUAUAACAUUUAAUUAUCAAGUGAUUAAUCGAGUCAUCUUAUUGUGUUCUUUGGAAUUCUGAUAAGAUGUUAAAUGUAAAACAUUUACUUAUAUAAUAAACAAUUUAAAAUGAAUGUUA